GCCAACGAGUGCUUGAUGACGAGAAUUCAAGAGAUGUCAAUGGAUUACCAUUUCAAGGUGGAGCAGGAAUCUGGGUCUUCAACCUGUGCAUUUUUUGGUUAUAAUGGGACUGCUGGAGUGUGGAGAAUUCGAGCUAUUAAUGAUGCAGGAGGUUGGAAGGAUCGAACUACUGUAGAAGAUAUGGAUUUAGCAGUUAGAGCAGGUCUUGGAGGUUGGAAAUUUGUAUAUGUUGGUAACGUUAAGGUUAAAAGUGAAUUGCCAAGCACUUUCAAGGCUUAUCGUUAUCAGCAACAUCGCUGGGCCUGUGGGCCAGCAGUUUUAUUUCGGAAAAUGUUUUGGGAAAUUGUUAAGGCCAAG